AUGUCUGAGGCUCUACCUACCGAUGCGCAACAGCCUGUUACAGAGGUACCAACUGAAGUCUCACCUGCUCCGGCCAAAAAGGAAAGCAAGAAACAAGCCAAGAAAAUUACAGAAGGUGAAGCUGACCUAUACUUAGACCAAUACAAUUUCACUACCACAGCUGCUAUUGUAAGUUCUGUCGACCGUAAGAUAUUCGUUCUUCUGCGCGAUGGUAAGCUCCUGUUUGGUGUCCUGAGGACAUUUGACCAAUACGCUAAUCUAAUUCUUCAGCACUGUGUUGAGAGGAUAUAUUUGGCUGGUGAGCAUAAAGGUAAAUACGCUGAAGAGGACCGUGGUAUAUUUAUGAUCCGUGGUGAAAAUGUCGUGAUGUUGGGUGAGGUGGAUAUCGAUAGAGAGGAUCAACCUUUAGAGACUAUGCAACAGAUUCCAUUUGCUGAGGCUCUAACCAUUAAAAAACAGGCAGAUGAUAAUAGAUGUAUAACAGAGGCUUCUAAAAUCAAGGAAUUCGCCCGUCAUGGUCUAACCCACGAUUUCCAUAAGACCGACAUGUACUAG